GCAGGGCUGCGGCAUGGAGCGGAACCGGACCCCUCCCCGGUACGGGUCGCUGGAGUCCACCCGCUGGCCGCCUCCCAGUGCGGGGCCAGAAGAUGAGAUUGUGUCCAUGGCUGACUCCACCACCACCAUGGAUGACAUUGAAGGAGAGCUCUUCAAGAUCGAGCGGAUCAGGGAGAUGCUGGUGCGGAGGGAGUCGGAGCUGCGGUACAUGAUGGAUGACAUUCAGCUCUGUAAAGAAAUCAGCCGGCUGAAGAAGGAGCUUCAAACACUCAUUGCUCUUCCAGAGCAUGAGAAGUCCAACGAGGAGAAGCAGAGGGAAGAGGAGCUGGUGCAGCAGAUCCACAAGCUGGUGGAAACCCGAGAUUUCCUGGUGGAUGAUGUGGAGUUUGAGAGGCUCAGGGAAAGGGAAGAAGACAAGGAAAUGGCAGAGUUCCUGCAAAGUAAGCUCUCCAAAAGCUACCUCCAGAAAGCAACUCCUGUCAAAGAGAAGAAAAUGACUUCCAGAGGACAGCAAACCUCCACCCCAUACAUGACCAAAACAGGCCUCACCCUGCUGAAGGAGUGCUGUGGCUUCACCUGCUCCAUCAUGUAG